UUCUUUUGGCAUAUAUUUGGUUAUGUUUGCUUUGUAAUGGCAUCGUAUUGAAGUGUUUAACAAAAAUUUCAAACGAAAAUACAUUAAAAUCAUUUCAAAAUGCCAGGUAUCGAGGUACUUAAACCUCAAGUGCCUCAAAUUAACCCACCGGUGGCAACUACUUCAGAAGAACCACCACAAAAUCAAUCUGUUGUGGGAAUUAUAUAUCCUCCACCAGAAGUAAGGAAUAUUGUUGAUAAAACUGCUAGUUUCGUCGCAAGAAAUGGACCAGAGUUUGAAGCAAGAAUUCGCCAAAAUGAACUUGGAAAUCCAAAAUUCAAUUUCUUGAAUGUCGGAGAUCCAUAUCAUGCUUAUUAUCAACAUAAAGUUAAAGAUUUUCGGGAUGGAAAAGGACAAGAACCUUCAGUUGGAGGCUUAUCGCAAUCCGUUCAGAAACUAUCAGUUACAGCAGCAGCUCAACAGAAACAACAAGAAAUUUUGAAACAAGUUGAACAACCAUUUGUUCCUAAAGAUCCACCCGUUGAUUUUGAAUUUGUAGCUGACCCACCAAGUAUUUCAGCUUUAGAUUUAGAUAUUGUGAAAUUGACCGCUCAAUUUGUUGCGAGAAACGGAAGACAAUUUUUAACACAACUGAUGAAUCGAGAACAACGGAAUUAUCAAUUUGAUUUUCUUCGGCCACAACAUUCUCUAUUUCAGUAUUUUACAAAAUUACUGGAACAGUAUACGAAGAUAUUAAUUCCUCCAAAAAAUAUGAUGCAACGAUUACAAGAUGAAGAAAAUAAUAUUAAAAAUAUUUUAGAACAAGCUAAAUAUCGUUCGGAAUGGAUUAAAUAUCAAGAGGCCCAACGUCGUAAAGAAGAAGAAUUAUUAGAAAAAGAAAGAGUUGCAUACGCUCAAAUCGAUUGGCAUGAUUUUGUAGUAGUUGAAACAGUCGAUUAUCAACCAUUUGAAAUUGGUAACUUUCCACCACCAACGACACCGGAAGAAGUUGGUGCUCGAGUGCUUAUGCAAGAACGUUUAGAAGAUGGAGAUGAUAUUGAAAUGCAACUUGAAAGCGACGAAGAAGAAGAAUCUGGCCACGGUGAAGGUGGCAAAGUUGGUUUAAGUAAAAUGGAAGACCGUACAGCUACAGGCGGGCAUAAAGAUGAUAAUCGUGUUCAAGAUAUGGAAGAAGAAAGUUCUGAUGAAGAACAAGACGAAUCAGACAAAAGCAAAUCGGUCCAACCACCAUUACCACCGAUUCCAGAAAAAGUUUUGGUUAAAAAAUACGAUCCUAAACAAGCUGUUAAAGUUACUCGCCCAACUGUUGGUGACGAUUACUUGAUUUCUCCAUUAACCGGUGAUAAAAUUCCUGCUAGUCAGGUACAAGAGCAUAUGCGUAUUGGACUUUUGGAUCCACGCUGGUUAGAACAACGUGAUCGACACACCAGUGACAAAUUAAACCAAGAAACUGUGUAUGCACCUGGUUCAGCUAUUGAAGCUAGCUUGAAACAAUUGGCUGAACGUCGUACCGAUAUUUUUGGUGUUGGUGAUGAAGAAACUGCUAUUGGUAAAAAAAUUGGUGAGGAAGAAGAACCACGUAAAGAUGAUCGUGUCACUUGGGAUGGUCAUACAUCAAGUGUGGAAGCGGCAACUCGUGCUGCGCGAGCAAAUAUUACUUUAGAAGACCAAAUUCAUCAAAUUCACAAAGUUAAAGGACUUUUACCAGAUGAAGAGAAAGAAAAAAUUGGACCAAAACCAGUUGUUGGUGGUUCAUCUAAACAAAAUGUUUCAACUUCUUCAAUUGUAAAGGCGGCUACUUCUUCAGCUGUUAUUACAGCUAAGCCCAUUUCAAAACCAGCUCAACCGGUGACUGUUCCUGCUCCACCACCUCAAGUUAUAGCUCCACCAAUUCCAAUUGCAAUGCCGCCUCAACCACAUAUGUUGGCUCAACAACCUCCAAUUAUGAUGAUGCCAGCUCCAAUGCCUCCAAUGAGACCACCGCCAUUAAUGAUGGCCGCCCCACCUCCUAUGCAGACAUUCUUACCACCACCACCUAUGGCCAUUAUGGAAGAUGAACCAGCUAGUAAAAAAAUGCGUACAGAAGAAAAUCUUAUCCCAGAAGCUCAAUUUAUGCAGCGAAAUACGAAUCCUGUUACAUUUAAAAUUGCCGUGCCAUCAAUGCCGGAGAAGACAGAAUGGCGAUUGAACGGACAAGUUGUCAGUAUGACAUUACCUUUAUCUGAUACGAUCGCUGUUGUAAAAGCACGCCUUCAUGAUGAAGUUGGUAUGCCUCCAGCCAAACAGAAGAUAUUCUUUGAUGGUAUGUUUUUCAAAGAUUCAAAUUCGUUGGCGUAUUAUAAUAUUCUUCCAGGCACAACUUUACAUUUGCAAAUCAAAGAACGUGGUGGUAGAAAGAAAUAAAUUUUUUAUUUUAUCGAUUGUAUCAUUUUAAUCAUUGUAA